GGGUGGUGGCCACAGCAGCAAGGGGCAGACAGAGCCAGGAGCCUGGGAAGGAAGCAGGAUGGCAGCAGGGGCAGCAGCUGGAGCCUGGGUGCUGGUCCUCAGUCUGUGGGGGGCAGUAGUAGGGGAUCAAAACAUCACAGCCAGGAUCGGGAAGCCACUGGUGCUGAACUGUAAGGGGGCCCCCAAGAAACCACCCCAGCAGCUGGAAUGGAAACUGAACACAGGCCGGACAGAAGCUUGGAAGGUCCUAUCUCCCCAGGGAGGCCCCUGGGAUAGCGUGGCUCGUGUCCUCCCCAACGGCUCCCUCCUCCUGCCGGCUGUUGGGAUCCAGGAUGAGGGGACUUUCCGGUGCCGGGCAAUGAGCCGGAAGGGAAAGGAGACCAAGUCCAACUACCGAGUCCGAGUCUAUCAGAUUCCUGGGAAGCCAGAAAUUGUUGAUCCUGCCUCUGAACUCAUGGCUGGUGUCCCCGAUAAGGUGGGGAUAUGUGUGUCCAAGGGGGGCUACCCUGCAGGGACUCUUAGCUGGCACUUGGAUGGGAAAACCCUAAUACCUGAUGGCAAAGGAGUGUCUGUGAAGGAAGAGACCAAGAGACACCCUGAGACAGGGCUUUUCACACUCCGUUCGGAGCUGAUGGUGACCCCAGCCCGGGGAGGAGCUCCCCACCCCACCUUCUCCUGUAGCUUCAGCCCUGGCCUUCCCCAGCGCCGAGCCCUGCACACGGCCCCCAUCCAGCUCAGGGUCUGGGGUGAGCGCAGAACUGGGGAGGGCCCCAACUUGGGUGAGCACCUGUCAGAAGAGCCUGCGCCACUGGAGGAAGUCCUGUUGAUGGUGGAGCCAGAAGGUGGAGCAGUAGCUCCUGGUGGUACCGUGACCUUGACCUGUGAAGCCCCUGCCCAGCCUCCUCCUCAAAUCCACUGGAUCAAGGAUGGCAUGCCCCUGCCCCUUCCCCCCAGCUCCGUGCUGCUCCUCCCUGAGGUAGGGCCUGAGGACCAGGGAACCUACAGUUGUGUGGCCACCCACCCCAGCCAUGGGCCCCAGGAGAGCCAUGCUGUCAGCGUCAGCAUUAUCGAAACAGGCGAGGAGGGGCUGACUGCAGGCUCUGUGGAAGGGCCGGAGCUGGGAACUCUAGCCCUGGCCCUGGGGAUCCUGGGAGGCCUGGGGACAGCCGCCCUGCUCAUUGGGGUCAUCAUGUGGCAAAGGCGGCAACGCAGAGGAGAGGAGAGGAAGGACCCAGAAAACCAGGAGGAGGAAGAGGAGGAGCGCACAGAGCUGAAUCAGCCCGAGGAGCCUGAGGCGGCAGAAAGCAGUGCGGGAGGGCCUUGAGAAGCCCACAGCCGGACCCCAUCCAUCAGCUCCCUUUUUUUUCCCACCCUCUUUUCUGGCCCCAGACCAAUUCUCCCCUGUAUAAUCUCUACCCCACCUCCCCAAACUUUCUUCCACAACCAGAGCCUCUCACAAACAGUGAUGAGUAAACACCUGACACAUUU